UUGUAUAACCAGCUCUCGGUGAACGUAUUACACUGAAACUCUCUUUUUCAUCUUUCCUUUGAAAAAAAUAUAUAUAAACAAAUAAACACAAAAACCAAAAAACCCACCAACCAAUUUUCCUUGAUUCUCUCAAAGCUCAAUCUUUGCUCCGUUUUUUCAUCGUUGAAUCUCCUGCUUCUUCGCUGAUUCCAAAGUCCAGUAUCAGUACUUGUACGAACAAGUUUUUUUUUUUUUUUAAAAAAGAACGAAAAAACUGGUGUUUGAGUUUGAUCUUUGAUCGGUUUGAUUAAGGAUAAAUGGAACAGAAACACGUUUUGUUGUCAGCUUUGAGUGUUGGAGUUGGGGUUGGAGUUGGGCUGUUGAGCUCAGGGCAGUCAGUGGGCAAAUGGGUCAAAGGAAAUAGCUCCUCCUCUGAUUUGGUUUCUGCUGACCAGAUUGAGCAUGAGUUGAUCAGGCUAGUCCUUGAUGGCAGAGAAAGCAAGGUCACAUUUGAUGACUUCCCUUAUUAUUUGAGUGAGAAAACUAGGGUGUUAUUGACAAGUGCCGCACAUGUUCAUCUGAGGCACUCGGAAUUUUCCAAGCACACCAGGAACCUUUCACCUGCAAGUAGAGCUAUUUUGCUCUCAGGACCAGCUGAACUAUACCAUCAAAUGCUUGCCAAAGCCUUAGCACAUCACUUCAAAUCAAAGCUGCUUUUGUUGGAUGUUAACGCCUUCUCUCUAAAGAUGCAGAGCAAGUAUGGUUGUGCCAAAAGAGAAGCAUCUCUUAAUCGAUCUAUCUCGGAGGUGGCAAUGGAGCGAGUGUCCAAUUUGUUUGGCUCCUUUUCAAUCCUUCCUUCAAGUGGGGACACUAGAGGUGUGAAAAGAAAUAAUAAAACUGGGGACGCUAGUUCCUCUGAUAUGGGUGUAAUGGCUUCCAAAUAUGCCCCAACAAACUCAGCUUCUUUGAAGCACGCGAGCAGCUGGUGUUUUGAUGAGAAAGACUUUAUACAGUCACUUUACACGGUCGUGGCUUCAAAAUCAGAAACUCGUUCGAUUAUAUUGUACAUCAGGGACAUUGAGAAGCUGCUACUCCAAUCGCAAAGGUUUUACAAUUUGUUGCAGAAAAUGUUGAAGAAACUCUCAGGGUCAGUGUUGAUACUCGGUUCCCAGAUGUUGGACACAGAAGACAAUUAUUGUAGAGAGGUCGAUGAGAGGCUUUCCGUGUUGUUCCCAUACAACGUUGAGAUCAAACCACCAGAAGAUGAGACUCAUCUGGUCAGCUGGAAAGCUCAACUAGAAGAGGACAUGAAGAUGAUCCAAUUUCAAGACAACAAAAACCACAUAGCUGAGGUCCUCGCUGCGAAUGAUCUCGAGUGCGAUGAUUUGGCUUCAAUCUGUCACGCAGACACAAUGGUUCUCAGCAACUACAUUGAAGAAAUUGUAGUGACAGCAAUUUCUUAUCAUUUGAUGCAUAACAGAGACCCCGAGUAUCGCAAUGGAAAGCUUGUCAUUUCUUCAAAGAGUCUGUCGCAUGGAUUGAGUAUAUUCCAGGAGGGAAAAAGUGGCGAGAAAGAUAGUUUGAAGCUUGAGAAAAAUGCAGAAUCCUCAAAGGAUGGUGAAGGCGAGGCCGUUGGUGCAAAGACAGAAUCAAAGUGCGAAAGUCAAGGCCCUGAAAACAAAAAUGAGGCAGAGAAAUCUGUUUCAUCAGGGAAGAAGGAUAGUGAGAAUGCACCUCCAGCGAAAGAAGUUCCACCGGACAAUGAGUUUGAGAAGCGCAUAAGGCCAGAGGUUAUACCAGCAAGUGAGAUUGGCGUGACAUUUGCAGAUAUUGGAGCCUUGGAUGAGAUCAAAGAAUCACUUCAGGAGUUGGUAAUGCUUCCACUUCGAAGACCCGACCUCUUCAAAGGUGGCCUUCUCAAGCCUUGUAGAGGCAUAUUGCUCUUUGGACCUCCUGGCACAGGUAAAACAAUGCUGGCAAAGGCAAUUGCCAAUGAAGCUGGUGCAAGUUUCAUCAACGUCUCAAUGUCUACCAUCACUUCGAAAUGGUUCGGAGAGGAUGAGAAGAACGUUCGAGCACUUUUCAGCCUUGCAGCCAAGGUCUCACCUACCAUCAUAUUCGUGGAUGAAGUCGACAGCAUGCUCGGGCAAAGAACUAGAGUUGGGGAGCAUGAGGCCAUGAGGAAGAUCAAGAACGAGUUCAUGACACACUGGGAUGGCCUCUUGACCAAACCUGGAGAGAGGAUUCUUGUUCUUGCUGCCACUAACAGGCCCUUUGACCUUGAUGAAGCAAUCAUUAGGCGGUUUGAGCGCAGAAUCAUGGUUGGUCUUCCCUCAGUUGAGAACAGGGAAACGAUCUUGAGAACUCUUCUUUCAAAAGAAAAGGUUGAGAAUCUAGACUUCAAAGAGCUUGCAACAAUGACAGAAGGAUACACUGGAAGUGAUCUUAAGAACUUGUGUGUGACUGCUGCUUAUCGACCCGUUAGGGAGCUACUACAACAAGAGAGGGAGAAGGAUAUGGAAAAGAAGAAGAAAGAUUCUGAAGGCUCUUCCUCGGAAGGUGCCUCAUCCAAGAAAGAAGAAGAUAAGGAGGAGCGAGUCAUUACCCUCAGAGCCUUAAACAUGGAAGAUAUGAGACAGGCAAAGAAUCAGGUAGCGGCAAGUUUCGCUUCCGAGGGAUCAAUAAUGAAUGAGCUGAAGCAGUGGAAUGAAUCGUACGGAGAGGGAGGCUCAAGGAAGAGGCAACAACUGACUUACUUCCUCUAAUAUAUCUCAUAAAGCACGAGAAUUCUACACCACCACUCAUCAUCGGCACCUUUCUUCUUGGAAAAGAAUGUCAAAAGUCUUGAGGAAGCUUGGAGAGUAGUCCAUCAGAAACUCCCUUUUUCUAAUGGCAUCACUACAUGGAAAUCUUCCAUAGCCAAGCCUCGAACCAAAAAGUUCCAACCAACCCCAUUAGAGAGCUUUGUCAGUUUGCAUUAAUAUUUUAUUAAAAGUCGAAAAAUCCUGUCUGGCAUUUCAGGCUUAAGAGAGGGCUGUCGGGAUUUGCUAAGGAAGUAGAAACCAAUUGUUGCAAAGUCCUUUUUUAGGAUUUAGUAGUGUUCUGUGAGUGUCUCUGGUGUAUGGAAGUGCAUAUAUAGAUGUGGGGCUUUGGGGAAAUAGGAGAAACUUACAAGGAACUUGUUUAAUUAAUGGUAGACACCCUCGUAGAAUAGUAUUUGUACAUUGGUUCUGUAAUUUUAUUAGUACAAUAUUUGCCUAAUACUAUUUUUAUUACAGUUUGCUUUAUUUA